GAGUUGCUUACUUAACUAACAUAAUUUUUUCAUCAUCGUUAUAAAAGUAACAUACCAAGAGAAUAAAUAAAUGCUCAAUCAUUAUCAUUGUUUAACUAAGUAGGCACGUAGAAGCAAGUAGCUAGGCCACGCGCUUACUGGUUUACACCGCAAUCAAUCAAGCAUUAAUAUCUUAUAAUUCUCUCCCUUAUAAUAAUGCAUAAGAAUCUCUCUCUCUCUCUCUCUCUCUCGAAAUGCAAGUAAGGGAAGGAAGGACACAUACAAGACGAAGCGAAGCCUCACGUGUGAGUUUCUGUAGCGAAUGUGGUGAUUGAUGCAACUUGUUUUAUACUGUAUUUUUCUGAUUAAUAAGCUCUUUAAAUGGAGGACCCGACCUUCCCUCUUCACAUAUUCCCCCCCUUCCUACGUGUAGCUCACACGCGCAAAAGCCAAGAUCGAGAGAUAUGGCAGCUCUCACUGUUCAACACGAUCCAUUUAUUUACUCCUGCAAAGACUACACUUACAAUAUGGAAGAAGAGAAACCAAACCCUCGAAAUGUUGAAAUUUAUGGAGAAUAUUGGGAGUCUCCGCCUUCUUCAGCCGCUCAGGCCGCCAUCUCUUCCCCGGAGACUUGCGGCUCUCCCACGGGGAAGUGCCGCCGGAAGAGACGGCGCGUGAAGCCCACCAAGAAUAAGGAGGAAAUGGAGAACCAAAGGAUGACUCAUAUCGCCGUCGAGAGGAACCGCCGGAGACAGAUGAACGACUACCUCGCCGUUCUCCGCUCCAUAAUGCCCCCUUCCUAUACGCAAAGGGGUGAUCAGGCAUCAAUAGUUGGGGGCGCAAUAAAUUUUGUGAAGGAACUCGAACAACUCCAACAAUUUCUUGAAGCAAAUAAUCAGCAGCAGCCAAAUGAAAAGCUAUUCUCCAAGUUUUUCACCUUCCCACAAUACUCAACUUGUCCGAGCACCACCACGUCGGCCGCCGUGGACGCGGUGGCGGAGCGGCGGUCGAGCAUAGCCGACAUCGAGGUGAUGAUGGUGGAGAGUCAUGCAAACAUCAAGCUAUCGACAAAGAGGCGGCCGAAGCAGCUACUCAAAUUAGUGGCCGGAUUUCAGUCUAUAGGCCUUACAAUUCUCCAUCUCAACAUCACAACCGUUGAUCAGUCAGUUCUCUACUCUCUCAGUGUAAAGGUGGAGGUUGAAUGUCAGUUUACUACAGUAAAUGAGAUAGCCACAACUGUGCAUGAUAUAGUGGGAAUGAUCCAAGAAGAGUCAAUUUGUAGCUAAGACAACCCCCAACACAACUGCCCGGAGAUAGUAAUCUUGUCCAAAAAUUUAAUUAGUAGGCAAUUAAUCCAACUUGUUAUUGUCAAAUCAUUACCUCCUUUUUCGCAUUUACAAAUUUAGGUAGAACUUACUUUUUAAAUAAUACUUUGUGUAGGAAUAUUUCUGUACUAUAUAUGAUAAAUAUAUAGCUUGUUCUGGAACAUGUUUGAUUAAUUUAAUGUGGAUCUGCCAACUAUAU